GGACGUUGGUAUAUAAGGGGAUGUCUGUUGCAGUGGAGUUCAAACAAUCUGCCAGCCUUUCACAACUACAAUGGCUUCUAUCAAGGCAAUGGUCGUCCUUUUAUUUGGACUAAUAUAUGUGACCAUGGCAGCUGAAGAACCUCGUGGAAAGCGAGGGCUUGGAUACUAUGGAAAUUAUGGAUACGGUGCUCUCCCAUACUCAGGCUACGCGGGAUAUGGUCUUGGAUAUGGCCUGGGAUCCUAUGGGUAUGGAGGAUACGGUGGAUAUGGUGGAUAUGGAGGAUAUGGUGGAUAUGGAGGCUAUCCAUAUGCAUAUAGCGGCUAUGGUUCAUACCCUGGCUACUAUUACGGAAGCUAUGGUUACCACUAAAACAUGUUCCUAUCAUUAACAAAACUAUAAAUAUAAAUUAUUUCUAAGUCUUAUUUUUCCACCGAAUAUCACACCAAACUAAUAAAGUGUACAAAAUAAUUAUAAUAAAGAAGUUUUUUUUUCAAAC